GCCCCAGGGCAGGGUGGCCUGGGAGGCUGAGGGCACAGCAGGCCUCGCUUUAUGGAGACCCACCUGGCAGACGGGUAGACUGACGCCCAGGUCCUGUGUCUCUGUGAGGCACUGAACGCAGCCCCGGAAGCCAACAGGAGCCCUCUUCUUAGCUUCUGGCCACGCGUGGCCAAUACCCUGAGUCUCGCCCCCAACCUCACAGCCGGUCUCCCCACACUGACAGCAUGAUGCUGUGGUCAGAACCGGAAUCGGAGCCGGAGCCGGCGGCCGACGCACUGUGGGAGCAGGAGGUGGUGCGGCUGUGCGCCUCGCGGGUGCCCCUGCGAUUGCUUCCCUAUGCCAUGGUGGACAAGCGCCUCAUCCGGCAGCUGCGGGAGCCCGAGGGGGCGAAGACCUCACGCUGGCAGCGGUGGCGGCGCGGGCGGCAGUUGGCGGCGCGGCGCCUGCGAGAGGCAACGCGGCGCCUGGCCCGUGGCUUUGGGCUCUGGGAGCGGUCGCUGUACGAGAUCGGAGGCCUCUUUGGCACCGGCAUCCAGGCCUACUUCACCUUCCUCCGCUUCCUGCUAUUCCUCAACCUGGUGACCCUGCUGCUCACAGCCAGCUGCGUGCUGCUGCCCUUGGCCUGGCUCCCUCCACCGGACUCGGGUCCCACCCCGAACCUGACCCUCCAAUGUCCCAGCCGCCCCCAGCACCAGACCACUGUGCCCCAGUUCCACAAUCUCUUUUGGAAUGUGUUAACCGGCAGGGCCUUCAACAACACCUAUCUCUUCUACGGCGCCUACCGCGCAGGCCCGGAGAACCAGUCGCCCUACAGCGUCCGCCUGGCCUACCUCCUCACCCCACUGGCCAGCCUGCUGCUCUGCUUCUGUGGAACCCUGCAGCGAAUGGUGAAGGGACUGCCCCGGAAGCCACUGCUGAGCCGGCACUACAGGGCGCCUCUCAGCGCCAAGGUCUUCUCCUCCUGGGACUUCUGCAUCCGUGUGCAGGAAGCCGCCAUCAUCAAGAAACAUGAGAUCAGCAAUGAGUUCAAGGUGGAGCUGGAGGAGGGCCACCGCUUCCUACAGGUGCAGCAGCAGUCGCGGGCCCAGAGGGCCUGCCACCUGCUCACCCACCUGCGCGUCAACCUCCUCUUCGGGCUUCUGGUGGCCGGGGCCAUAAGUGCCAUCUUCUGGGCCACCAAGUACUCGCAGGACCGCAAGGAGGAGCCCCUGUUUGUGCUGCUGCAAUACCUGCCCCCCGGGGUCAUAGCUCUGGUCAACUUCCUGGGGCCCCAGCUGUUUGUGUUCCUGGUGCAGCUGGAGGACUACCCCCCCAACACCGAGGUCAACCUCAGCCUUAUCUGGUGCGUGGUGUUGAAGCUGGCCAGCUUGGGGAUGUUCUUCUUCUCCCUGGGCCAGACCGUGCUGUGUGUGGGUGGAAACAAGACCAGCUGUGAGUCCUACGGCUACAACGCCUGCGAUUACCAGUGCUGGGAGAACUCGGUGGGCGAGGAGCUGUACAAGCUGAUCCUCUUCAACUUCCUGCUGACCGUGGCCUUUGCCUUCCUCGUCAGCCUGCCCCGGAGGCUGCUGGUGGAGCGCUUCUCAGGCCGGUUCUGGUCGUGGCUGGACCGGGAGGAGUUCCUGGUGCCCAAGAACGUGCUGGACAUCGUGGCGGGGCAGACAGUCACCUGGCUGGGCCUCUUCUACUGCCCCCUGCUGCCACUGCUCAACUCGGUCUUCAUCUUCUUCACCUUCUACAUCAAGAAGUACACGCUCCUGAGGAACUCCAGGGCCCCGCGGCGCCUCUUCCGUGCUUCCAGCUCCACCUUCUUCUUCCAGCUGGUGCUGCUGCUGGGCCUGCUGCUGGCCGCAGCGCCCCUGAUCUACGUGGUCGGCAGCACCCACUCCUCCUGGGACUGCGGCCUCUUUACCAACUAUUCAGCCCCCUGGCAGGUGGUCCCCGAGCUGGUGGCCCUCCGGCUCCCACCGCUGGGCCAGCAUGUCCUGCACUACCUCGGCUCCCACGCCUUCGGCUUCCCCCUGCUCAUCCUGCUCAGCCUCGUGCUGACCGUGUGCGUGUCCCAGUCGCAGGCCAAUGCCAAGGCCAUUCAUGAGCUCCGGAAGCAGCUGGUGUGGCAGGUGCAGGAGAAGUGGCACCUGGUGGAUCACCUGUCGCGCCUGCUGCCCGAGCAGGGCCCGGAGUCCCCUCUCUCCAGGGCUUCGCGCCCACACUCCUUCUGCCCUGGAUUUCCGUGCCCAGGCUCGCCCGGUCCCAGGCCCCCCGGACCGGAACCGACACCCAGAUUCCGCCUCCCCAGCGGCAGGGAGCUGUAGCGACAACCUUCGUCCUGCCAUGGCUGGCCUUGGCAACCUCGCACUCCGUGUCGCUGGUGACCCCCGCCUGUCGGGCACCCUGGGUCUGGGGCAAGAACCAUCAGGGACAGUGGGA